AUGACUGAGAAGUCGCCCAUGCUGUCAGAGCAACACGACCAGAUCCGAACCGACCACACCCUCCAAUCGGUCGAGACCUACCACACCCGCGCAAUCUGGUCAGGCCGAGUCUUCGCCAUUUGCACAGCAGCUAUUGUUCGCUACAGCCUCGCGACCACCACUACAUGGUUUGAAUUUGCACUGACCAUACUCAAAUCUAUUGACUCGUUCACGUUAGUGACAUUCCCGGUCCUCGUGGGUCUCAUCGUCAAGUAUCUCCUCCACAGCGGGCUAGUACUGUACGUUCCGGUACUCGAUCAGGAGGUGGUGGUUGUGCCGCAGCUCUCGGAGGAGGACCUGGAAGCCGCUGGGGUGGACUCGUGGCCUGCGCACAAAGCUGAGAUAAGGGCAUGGUGGAAGAGUGUGAGGAGUGAGCGAGGUUGGCGGCGUUUUGGAGCUGAUGGGUGGAUGGCGGUGCUGUUCUUGGGGGGUAUGGUGUUGAUGUACUCUGGUAUGUUUUGGUUCGAGGUUAAGACGCUACUUAAGUUAAGGACGGGAGAUAUCUGA